GUAAGUGAAAUAUUGGAAACAUCUGAUGUUAGAGAAUGGCAAUGGAUACAAACGAAACAAAACGUCGCAGAUGAAGGAACCAAAUGGAAACGAGUUCCAGACAUGAGUGGAUCCAGCCGGUGGCUGAACGGGCCGGAUUUUUUAAGCAAACCGGAAGCAGAAUGGCCCGUCAAGCAUCAAACUUCUGGAACAACUGUAGAAGAAUUACGUCCUCAUCUGCUUGUGCAUCUUGUGUCAUCUGAAGCAAUCAUUGAUCCUCAUAGAUUCUCCAAAUGGACCGAACUGCUACGCCGUAUGGCUUACGUGUUCCGUUUUGUCAAAAAUACAAGGAUUUCCGAACAGGAGAGGAGCUUUGGGCCUUUGACGUCAUCGGAGCUGGCUGAAGCUGAAAACUAUUUCUAUCGACUUGCUCAACGGAGUGUCUUCGCCGAUGAAGUAGCAGUUUUGUUAGACAGGAGAAUGUCAGAAAACUCCAAGCUUGUCAUUCCAAAGAGCAGCUCAAUACACAACCUUUGUCCGUUCCUCGAUAAAGAUGAUCUGCUACGCGUACGUGGUAGAACCGGAGAGUGUCGGUUCAUCAAUCAGGAGACUGUCAACCCCAUUAUCCUUCCUAAGGCUCAUCACGUCACUAGUCUAGUUGUGUCCCAUUAUCACAGGAAAUACCAUCACCAAAACCAUAAUGUCACCAUCAACGAACUGCGACAAAAGUUUAGUAUUCCCCAACUGAAGGCUACAUAUAACAAGGUCCGGCGAGACUGCCAGCAGUGCAAGAACGACUCUGCGCGGCCAGAACCGCCGGCCAUGGGGGAUUUACCCUUACCUCGAUUAGCUGCUUACGCUCGUCCUUUCACGUACAUGGGAGUGGACUACUUCGGCCCCUAUGUGAUCAUUCUGGGACGUCGUUUAGAAAAGCGGUGGGUACUUCUAGCUACCUGCCUCACCACUCGAGCCGUUCACUUGCAGAUAGUUCACUCUAUGACCACCGAUUCAUGUAUAAUGGCCCUCAGGAACGUCAUGGCCAGGAGAGGUGUUCCGGCGGUUAUUUACAGCGAUCACGGGACAAAUUUUCAAGGCGCCAGCAACGAAUUAGAGGAAGCUAUGGAGAACCUGGACCGAGCGAGGUUCGAAACCGAGUUUACAACUUCUCAUACGUCCUGGAAAUUCAUCCCACCGGCUUCGCCGCAUAUGGGCGGCGCAUGGGAGCGCCUCGUGCGUAUCGUGAAGCAGAACCUUGCUAAACUAAAACCGAGCAGGACGAUGUCUCAUGAAGUCCUGGAAAACAUGUUGACGGAGGUCGAGAAUGUGGUCAAUUCGCGCCCGAUGACCAAUCUACCGUUGGACGACGACCAGUCGCCAGUAUUAACCCCAAACCAUUUCUUACUGGGUUCUAGCAAUGGAUUGCGAUCGUGGGUACCUUUCAGUGACAGUUCGGAAUUGUUGAAAAAUUCUUGGAAAGUUUCGCAGAGCCUGGCCAACCAGUUUUGGAGGCAAUGGCUACGAGAUUACUUGCCGUAUAUUACCCGACGCACGAAAUGGUUCACAGAUGUGGAACCGAUUAGAGUCAACGAUCUGGUUGUCAUCGUAGACCCAAAACUUCCACGGAAUAGCUGGCCGAAAGGCCGCGUUAUUGGCGUCAAACAAGGACCAGAUAACCAAGUGAGGAGUGCCACCGUGCAGACUUCCCAAGGUAUUUAUGAGCGGCCCGCAGUGAAGCUCGCCGUGCUCGACGUAGGCGUUAGAACCAAUGCAGCCCUGAACGACCGCAUUCGGGGGGGAGUGUUGGGUACGCUACAUCAACGCCCGUCGAACACCAUAUGCCCCACUCCAGCUAUAGCUGAUUUGUCACACCCAGCACCUACGGAGAGGAUCGUUCGAAGUUGAGAAGUACACACCACAAUGCAUCUUUGUCAAUAGACAUGAAAUUACGUUCGCUCGGUGAUGACUGUGCUUGUGAUAAACACCUAUGAAAUUAAGUGGAAUAUCUUUAUGAGUUUGGAUUGCUACAGUUAGAAUUGUUUGCGCCUAUCUAGAAUUGUUGAUAUUAUCCCAGCCUGGUUGAUAAAAGUGUCGCUUGGAAAGCAAAUGAAUUCGGACACGUCAAUUGAAAGGCAUAUAUCGACUGAAUUAAAUCUUAAUCCUAUCAAUUUAAAGUUAAUUAACGGUAUGACCAUCAAUGAAUUGCUUUCCAUUAAAUAAUUGAUAUGUUAUGAUCCUACAGCUAGAAUUCUGCGAGAUUUGUCAGCAAUAGUAGCCAAUUAAGUUCCAUUUGAAUCUCCAUUUAAGCAGUUUAGGGUAAGAGGUCCUGUUUUCAUACUCAGUCCCAUUGUAUUUAGUUUUACCGCACCCAUUAACAGAUCUUACAGUAACAACCGCAAAUAGUGGACCACCACCUGGUGUUGAAGAACUUCUGUUGAGUGGUAGCUAGACUACAGUAAGAACAAAUUAAUCCACAU